CACAAAGAAGGGCCAAGACAGUGUAGCUAAAGCCAAAGCCUUUGUUAUUCCAUACACCAACUCUUCUCUCUCUCUCUCUCUCUCUCUCUGGUGUCUGAUGAUUCAUCUAAAAACCCUAAUUCUCUUUGUUUCCAUAUCUGGGUCAAUGUAUAUUUUUUAAAAUCAAUUUCUCAAUAUUAAUCAAGUGAGAUUUUGUUCAUAUCUCGUUUUUCUUAAACUUGGUAUUGUUAAAAUCACUUGAUCACAUUUCUUCUUAUGUAAAUUCUACAUUUUUAUUUUGUUUAUCUAUCUGAGCUUCAAAAAAUAAAAAAGAGAUUCUCUUCAAUUACUCGAAUUUUCCCUUUUUUUUUUGCCUAAAAAUUUCAUUUUUUUAGCUUAAUAGUUCUAACUUGUUAAGGGUUUUUGUGGGGGUGUCUUUGAAUUUUUGGUUUUUCAAUGGCUACGGUUGUUGUUGCUGACAUUUCAGCUGAUUCCAACAAAAUGGACUCAAAACCAAAGACAGAAUCUGAAUUCAGUGUUCAGAAACUUGUUGACAUGUUCACAAAGUUGAAUCCUUUGGCUAAGGAGUUUUUUCCUUCAUCUUAUUCUCCUAAUCAUGAUCAUCGUCCUCAGGGCUUUAAUCUUCUCACACCUGCCAAUUUUUUGGUUAACACUAAGCCAUCAGCUAAUGAUAAUUCCCCAAAUAAUCGAAGGAGAAGAAACAAUUUUACCCAAGGGAGGAGAAGGUUGAACGGAAGAUCGCUAAAGGCUCAAAGAGAAGAUAGCGUUAGAAGAACAGUAUAUGUUUCUGACAUUGAUCAGCAUGUUACUGAGGAGCGGCUUGCAGCCUUAUUCACCAAUUGUGGACAAGUCAUUGAUUGCCGAAUUUGUGGCGAUCCACAUUCAGUUCUUCGUUUUGCUUUUGUCGAGUUUGCAGAUGAACAUGGUGCAAGGGCAGCUUUAAACCUUGGUGGUACCGUGCUGGGAUACUAUCCAGUGAGGGUCCUUCCUUCAAAAACUGCUAUCCUUCCUGUGAAUCCUACAUUCCUCCCUAGGUCGGAUGAUGAGCGGGAAAUGUGUACCAGGACUGUCUAUUGUACAAAUAUUGACAAAAAGAUUUCUCAAGCUGAAGUGAAGAACUUUUUUGAAUCAGCUUGCCGUGGUGAGGUUACGCGUUUGAGGCUUUUGGGGGACCAGGUGCAUUCAACUCGAAUUGCUUUUGUGGAAUUUGCAAUGGCAGAAAGUGCAAUCACCGCGCUCAACUGCAGCGGAAUGCCCUUGGGAACUCAACCUAUCAGGGUAAGUCCUUCGAAGACUCCGGUGAGGCCACGAGUCACUCGUCCAGUAUCGCAUUAACCAAUCAACAUGGUACAGCCAACUCUUGAGAGGAUAUUCGGUCAACUUUCCAGUUGAGACUUGUAUGGAAGGGGCAGUGAAACUUCCCUUUGUUUGUUUCAGUAUUUUCAUCUUUUUACUGUCACAACUGUUUCUUUACCAGAACCUGUGAAUGUUCUGCUCUAGCCUCUAACUAGGUACUAGUCUCUUGAUCCUAAACUAUUUUACCAUGUCUACAUUUUUAAGUCAUCUAGUUUCAGUUACUUGGUUAAAUGGUUAUUUGGAGCUAGCACUAAUCAUGUUUGAAUAUUUAACGCAAUUGCGAUCGAAUGUUGUGGUGUGAAUUCACAUCUAAAUAAUGAGCCGUUUGGAUUACCUGGAGACACAA